GCUGGUUUCAUUGGCUAGAGAUGGUUUUGGUUUAGCCCACAGGCUUGUUUAAAGCGUGCCAGCUUCUCAAAUCUCUACCACAGACUCAAGGGGCAGGACUUGGGACAUGCUUAACACUUCAAACAACACAGUGAUGGAUAUCAUCCAUGACAGCGAUAUCCGCGACCUCGACUACCUUGAUGGCAUUGACUUUUCAAACUACUCGCUUUGGAAUAUCAGUAACACCACAGACACCAGUGAUUACCUGUACCUGUACUCUGGCUGGUGUGAGGCUGGCGAGCAGGAGCUCACCAUCAAAAUGUUCCAGACUUGUGUUUUCUGCCUCAUCUUCCUGCUGGGCGUGGUGGGAAACUGCCUGGUGAUGGCCACCUUUGCUCUUUACGGCAGCCUCCGGCUUCGCUCCAUGACCGACAUCUUCCUGUUCCACCUGGCGCUGGCUGACCUCCUCCUGCUCCUCACGCUCCCAUUACAGGCUGUCGACACUCACUUGGGUUGGAUCCUCCCCAUUCCCCUCUGCAAGGCCAUGCGAGCAUGCUACGCUAUCAACACAUAUAGUGGGCUUCUGCUGCUGGCCUGCAUCAGCGUCGACCGCUACCUGGUGGUUGCACAGGCCCAGAAGAUGUUCAUGCUCCGCAGUUGGAUAUUUAUAGUGGGGACAGUAGCUGCUGUAGGCGUGUGGCUUGUCGCAGUGCUCCUCAGUUUGCCUGAAAUCCUCUUCUCUGGGGUGUCAGUGUCUGACGGUGAUGCAUACUGCGGCAUGCUAAAGAGUGGAGGAGUCAAAAUGGCCACCAACGGCGCCAUCAUUGCUGUCUUCUGCCUGUCCUUCUUCGUUAUGGUGACAUGCUACUCUUUGAUUGCCCGAGUGCUGUGGGAAGGGCAAGCACGUCGGCGGGGGAAGCAGUGGCAUCGGCAGCGUACCUUGAAGCUGAUGGUGGCUCUGGUGCUGGUUUUUGUGGUGUUCCAGCUGCCGUACACCGUAGUGCUGUCGCGUAAAAUGGCGGGAGAGUUCUGCGGUCUCCUGCUGGAGUACAUCACCUGCACUUUGGCGUACACCCGCUGUUGCCUCAACCCUAUCCUGUACGCCCUGGUAGGCGUGCGCUUCCGCAAUGACGUGUUGAGGCUCAUCCACGACUGCAGCUGCGCCUGUGGGGUCCAGCUGGUGCCAAAGACCGUGAGCUCCAUCUCCCCCUCUUCACCCGCUGUCACGGUGCUCUCAGCUUGCUCUCCCACAUCCCCCGAACGCAGUUACUUCAGCAGCGACGCAGUUCCUUCCACCAAAAGUCAGUUUCAGCAAACCCGUUAAGAUUUUAUGGAGCAGACUGAUCGCUUUGCGUUGUUUCAUUUCCAUUCAGUGAGCUGAAAAAUAUCAGGGAGUUGCAAAGAUAUGCAUAAACUCGGGCUGGUUUUCAUUUGAAAAUCCCAGACAGUACUUCCACUGUAUUAUUGGUACACAUGGUACUGUCGACACAGUACUAAUAUAGGCCUGCCUACUUACUUGUUAAUAGUAUAUGUAUGUAUAGAAAGGCUUCUAGACUUUUCCCUAUUGAUUAUCUGUAAAAUGUCUGUUUUGUUUUUUAUAUUAUUUGUUUGUUAAGCCAGGGCCUCAAACAUUAUAUUUAUUGUGAAGGCUAAAUGACCACACACUCAUUUAUAACUUUCUUUAUAGCUCUUACAUUUAUAUUACCUUCUUAAAGUGGGAUUAUUGAGACAUUUGAACAUUUUUCGGACUCACUGUGGAGGUAUACUGCUCUUCAGAGGUCGAGAGCAGAACCUACAGAAAGGGACAGUUAGGACAUAAAGGAUUUAUGGCAGCCUGUUCAACAGGUAACAGAUGUGAUGUAUGGCCUUCAUUUAGUGAAGUUAUUUUGAUAAAUAGGUACAUUAAGAAGGAAUUUUAGAAAUGUGGUAGCUUAACCACCGCAAAUCAUAUUAAUGCUUCCAGAGUCAGAGGAUGAGAUGGCAGUUUUUUCUGCUUUACUAAGCUAAGCUAAAAGUUACCAAGAUCAGCUCAUCACCAUUUAAUGAUUGGAUAGCUGCUGCCUUAUUUAUGUCGGAUAGCAAACUAAAUUACCAACAUUUAUAGCAGGCUGUCGAAAUAUUUUUAAAUUACAUAUAGUUAACAUAGGAAGUGAAUAAAUUUGGGCAUGGCUGCCUCAUCUGCUAGCUUUAAGUAGAGCUGUCUUUCUUUGGCUGCCUGUAAAGACAUUAGUCAAUUCUAUUGUGUCUUCUUCUUUAUGGUAAAAUAAGUGUCAGAAAGUCAGAUUUUGGUUUUACAACCCUGAUUCCAAAAAAGUUGGGAUGCUGUAUAUAACUUAAAUAAAACAAUGUGAUAACGUGCUAAUGCUUGCUUUUGACAUCUACUCAACUGAAAACAGCACAAAGACAAUAUAUUUAAAGUCUGACCUCAUCAGCGUCAUUGGUUUUUGUAAAUAUCUGCUUAUUCUGAAUCUGAUGCAGCAAC